AUGGUCCAGCAUGACCCCAGGAGACAACCUUGUGGGGGAGCUCCAUACCCAUUUGACGAUACGCGAAUAUUUCCUGGUGAUGUCAUCAUCGAUGCCGUGGUUGAAUAUGAUUUUGGCAGGCGAUACUCAGUUUCCAUCGGAAACCUGAAGUCGAAGGAAUUCGAACCCUCUUCUUCACAAGUCUUAAGGCGAGACGAACACGCAUUGAAUUUCAAGAGCAGAUGUCCCAGAAUCUUCGUCUUAUUCAGCUAUUAG